UAAAACUGAAUUUGCUAUGUAAAUAGACUAUAUGAGAAGAUUAAAAAUGUUUAUUUUGAGACAUGUAUCCGAUUUAAUCUGACAGACGUAUUUGUAUUGAGCUAGGGUGAUAUCAGGACUUUUUCAUUUUAAUAACCUGUAUUUCAACAGAAAACAAAUACUACCCCUUGAUGUAAACAUCAAUAUUUUGUUAAUAGAUUAUCUUUACUAGAGUCUCAGGUUGUGUCAUCAUUAAAUUACAUGGCGAUAGACAGAACAUCGCUGGGCGCUCAGGUACAUUCCUGACCCCGGGGCAAGAGUUAAUAAACAUAUAGUAAUCGACCAGGAAGUGGGGGAAGAUGAAAUCAGAUAUAGAACACCCCUCUCACAAUGGUACCACUGAUCCAGGAACGAUGAGGUAUGCGUCAAAAAGACGGAUUAUUGCUGCAGUUUUGGGCAUCACUGUUUUUAAAGUACUUUUACUGUACCUGGCUUUGAUGUAUGUGGAUAAUCUAAAUCAUGGUGACGAGGUUGAGAAUUUUCCCUCAUCUUCCAUCGCGUUCAGUGAAUUUAGGAACGAGGAAUUAAUCAUCACAGAGAUAAGUUCGGAAGUCUCCUUAGACGAUCUGGAGCAAGACCGGAAGUUAGUGACGGACCGAAUGAUUGAAUCCGAUAACGAACCCCUAACGAGACGGAACUAUACCAGGGAAAAACGGAUGUUACGAGAGAGUAAAUUGCAUUUUUCACCACAGAUAAUCAGCACAUCGAAAAUCGAGCGACUUUUACCGAGUGUUGCAAAUCCGGUAAAUGACAGAAUAUUUGAACAAAUGAAUCAUGUUCCUCUUCAAUACCAAGACAGAAGUAACUUUAAAACGAUUUAUCUUUUUGGAGGUCAAAGGGGUUGGGGUCAUCCUGAUGGCCAAACAACGUUUUUAUCUGAACAGUGUUUAGUAAAUCGAUGUCGAUUCACGUAUGACAAGAAAAUGGCCAGCAAAGCUGACGCUGCUGUCUUCGGUAAUCCCAAUCAAAUCCGUGUGCAUCCUCCAUUACAAAAAACAAACCGCAACCAAAUUUGGAUUCUUUCCGCCAUUGAAGCUCCACCAAAUACAGGUCGCCAUAGAAACUAUCAUGGUCUUUUUAACUGGACCAUGACUUAUCGCACGGAUUCCAUAAUUGUGACCCCAUACUUCAAGUACAAAACUUUUACCCAAGUGACGAGUCUACCUCCGAAAAACUUUGCCGAGGGAAGAACCAAGAAAGUGGUGUGGUUUGUCAGCAACUGUAACCGAGUUAACAGCGGACGGAUGGCGUACGCCAGGGAGCUUCAACAGUACAUCCCAGUAGAUGUGUACGGCCGAUGUGGGGACCGGAAAUGUCCAAAAACAAACCCCAGAUGUAAAACAAUGGUGAAAACUGACUACAAGUUUUACCUGGCGUUUGAAAAUAACAAGUGCAAAAACUACAUGACGGAGAAAAUCAUGACUGCUUAUGAGAAUGACGUCAUUCCAAUUGUACUCGGUGCUGCAUCUUGGGAGUACAAGAACGCUCUGCCGUCUCACUCCUACAUUGACGUAGAUGACUUUGAAACACCCAGAGACCUAGCCCAGUAUUUGCAGAAACUUGAUGAAAACGAUGAUUUGUAUAACGAGUAUUUCCGAUGGAAAUCCUACGGCGAUUUUGUGGCGUCUAAGCCGUGGUGUCGCGUGUGCUCCUUGUUACACGAACCAGCACUUCCGGCCAUCUGGUACGACGAUGUGGACGCAUGGUGGCGCUCCAAGGACACCUGUAUAGACCGUAAAACAAAAUGGAGUAGUGUUCUCGACAAAUGAGGGUUUUACGUGUAUUUAUUCAUCAUUCCUUGUGCCAAAACAUUUAUUUUAUUGUUUACUGUAAAAAUUUUAAUAUUAUUGCCAAAUGCCAUUACUGUAUUCCCCUUGAGGAUUUGAUCAUUCCAUGCAGUAGUUCGGUUUUCUGUCAGCAAUGCCGUGAAUAUUGUAAGUGACGCGUCGUUUUCACUUAGAGAAGGGUGUUUGAAAUAAACUGAGUGUCUUUUUUAAGUUAAUAUGGAUUGACUUUUCCCGUCAUAGCAUAUUUGCAUCUUAAAGAAUUCAACGAUAUAGGAAUAUGCAUCGAGACGUUUUUAAUAGAUCAUUUAUAUCUGAUACCGUUGUAUUUCAGCAUGAUAGUCCUGUGGUAUAUUUCUUUAUACACGCGAAAUUGCGGUGAUGGAGAAAAUUUCAAAUUACGUUGAUGUGUAUUUUCAUUAAAAAAGAAGACAUUAUCCGUGUUUAGACUUGAAUUCAAGUUCAAUAUCUCAAAGCCGUCACGUUGUUUAGUUCCACAGGAUUACUCGAAGGUACAUUUACAGGUUUGAGAUGCAUAUUUUGCUUUUAACAUAUUAUAAGUAUUGUAUAAUCUUUAGUAUAGUCAUUGUAUAUUUAUUUAUCAAGAAAAAUACAUUGAAAUAAAAUGAAAAAAAAAAU